CUUCAUUUUUUGCCUCUUUGCAGCAUGUUUGGAAGUCUGUGCUUCCUUCGUAGUCGUUUGACCACAGGGCAGCAUUCGUUUUUUGGGGUUUGCACAUUGCAGGUUUGGCACAGGCACAAUAGGCCCGCUCGGUUCAUCAGACACACGGGUGCAGCAGCACGUCAACAGACCCAAUCGUUCAUUGCCAGCAGGAGACUGCUGAUUUACGUCCCUCGUCAAAGCAACUCCCGACAAAUCCCUUCGCCGAUCCCCGAGAGUGGUGCUCAGCGAUAUCGAAGAUGACGACCGACGCUGCGAAAACAACACAGCGCAAACGAAAAUGGGACAUAACAGACGAUGGCACGCCGGCCGAAGCCCCUUCUAAGACGGCGCGGACAAGCACACCCCCACCACCUCCACCCCCGCUGUCGAACGGGUCCUCGACGGUCUCGAUACCGGAAUCAGCGGAUGAUGCAGCUCAGCAGGCCCUGGAGAGAGCGGCGGCGGCUGCGUCGAGGAUCUUGGCUGGGAUGGGGAAGAAUGGACCGGGGGGUGGAGGCGGGGCGGAGAUCUCGAUUGGGGUUAAGCCUGGGCCGGUGAAGGAAGAGUUCUUUGAGGAUGUUCCGAUCAACGAUAUCAAGAACAGAUACCUGUUAACGAAGGGAGCUACGCAGACGAAGAUAAAGCAGGAUACAGGGGCUGACGUGACGACCCGCGGAAAGUACUACCCAGACAAGAAUCUGGCUACGGAGAAGGAGCCGCCACUCUACCUCCACGUGUCUGGGAAUACCCAAGAGAUCCUCGACAAAGCGCUCGCUGCCAUUGACGAGCUUAUAAACGCCGCGCCUCCGGUGUUUGAAGACAGGAGACCGAGCGGUGGAGAUCGAGGACCACUACCUCCACGCAACAAUUUCUUCUCGGAGAAGGUUUACGUCGGGCCGGAGUUUGACAAAAUGUGGAACAUUCGAGCAAAGCUUGUUGGACCACAAGGCCAGUACGUCAAGCACAUCCAAGCGGAAACGCAAACCAAGGUGCAGUUGAAAGGAAAGGGAUCUGGAUACAUUGAAAACGCGACAGGGAUGGAGGCUGAUGAUGCUUUGCAUAUUCACAUCACUGGGUUCCAAGAAGAAGCUGUAGAAUCCGCCAAAAAGCUCUGCCAAGACCUAAUCGACACCGUCAAAGAAGACUACAAACGCAACGCCAACCAGCCGCAUCACGGUGGUGGUCCGCACAACCAGCGUCCGUUCAACACCUUCAGGCCGCCAGCACCAAGACCUCCGCAAGACCCCUAUGGCGGUGGUGGGUAUGGCGGACCCCACAUGCCUCCACCGCCACCGGGCAACGCAGACGCGCCGGGAUUCCAUGGCGGGCAUCACCACCACCAGCCGCCGCCGCACGCGCAAACCCCACAGCAUCAGCAGCAGCAGUGGUACGGCGGCGGCGGCGGGUAUCAGCAACACGCUCCACAACAACACCACCAACACCCCGGACAAGACCAACAUCACCUCCACCACCAACAACAACAACAGCAACAGCAGUGGACACCCGAAGCGUACGCCGCCUACGCAGCCUACGACCCCACCUACGUCCAAUACUAUCAGCAAUACUACGGGUACCAGCAGCCCGUACCCACGGGAGACGCCGCUGCACCGCCGCCCCCACCUGCCGCCGGCGAUGCACCUCCACCCCCACCUCCACCCGCUGACGAUGGGAAUGCACCACCCCCUCCCCCGCCGCCCAUGGAGGCCCAAUGACCCGCCUCGAGUUUGAACCCUGCUUCGCUGGCUUACAGCCAUGUUGGAUUUCCGAGAGUUGUGUGGAUGCCGCCGUGUCCGGCGGUUGGGCUGGAGGGAUUGAAGCGAUUUAUAUGUGCAUACCCGAGCCUCUCAUCGCAACACAACCCCGUCACUCUUACGCGCUGCGUGUAUGUUUAUGUUUGCUGCUACUGUUGCGGGGGGUGUUAUGUGUAGGCUCUCAUGCGUGACGGUGGUCUCGUGUUUAUUGGCCUGGAUUGCGGAUUGCAAAUGAUUGGGCGGGAUUUGAUCCCCCCUUCGAAAAAUAGGACGAGGGCUUUGUUUCUUAUAUAUGUACAAUUCUCCCCUCGCUGCGUGUGAUCCCUUGUGCUUGCUGGCAAACGAUACGCAAGAUAGUUUGCGGACCAUUCUUCACUGGGCUUGACAAAAAAAGAAUGCGGACACGCCUGCCUAUCACAUAAGGCCCCGCCCGGGAUGCUCUACAGAGAUAC